CGCACACACAAAUGUGCGAGGGAAGAAGGCACAAGGCGGACAUGUGCGGGUUUUCCCAACCGAAUCCCCUUCCCCCUUUUCCCAACCAAUCGCCUCUGCUCUGUGUCAUCAUCAUCAUCAGCCUUUCCCAUGUGAUGUGGAGCUGUUGAGGCGUGAUCGAGACAACGGCCAACACAGACAUACACGCAGGCAGGCAUGCAAGCUUGUGCUGCUGGUGCUGCUGUGAUGAUGGCCGUGCGUGUGCCUGUGCACGGUUCACCGUGUUUGGGGCUGCACCGAUGAGGACAAGGAAGGACACGGCUGGUGCCCGCCACUCUUCCCCCUUCAUCUCCUCUUCUGCUCCAUCAGCGAUGACGAUGGUGGCCGUGGCGUGUGAUUGCGGUUCCCUUUUGUUCUGGCUUCGCUGUGGCACAUUGGCUGGCUGGCUGGCUGCAUCAAGCACAGCAGGCAACACACGGCGGCGGAUGCUGGAUUGGAUUGGUUGGGGUUGACUGGCCGUCGUGUCGUGUCGCCCAUAUCUCUCCCUUCCGUUGCUCAUCUCAACUGGGAACACACACGGCCAUGUGUGCGUGCGUGCGUGUACAUGUGUGCGCAGCGCCAUCAAUCACGCCGACAGCGACACGAUGCACGAGAUGUGCGUGCGCGUGUGUACAUAUGUCAGGCAGCUGCGUUGAUCGAGGACGAGAGUGAGGAACCCAUCCACAUGCAACACCCAUGCCCACAUCCACGCGUGCCAUGCCAUGGCGAGCUGUGCCACCUCAACCAAGCUCAGGCCAAGAAAAGGAAGGAGGACCCAAGACAAGGGGCUCCCAACAGAUGUGUGUGCGUGUGUGUUGAUGGACGGUGUUCUCCUUUUCCCCCUCCAUCGCCUCGCCGCUUUCUUCCAUGGCGAUCUGGCUGGGUGGCUGUUGCCCCCUCCCCUUGUUUGUUUUCUCUUCCAGCCCUUUGUGGCUGUUGGUUGUCUGUUGUGACUGUGAGAAGGAGGAGGGAGAAGGAGUAGGAGAGAGAAGAGAGAAGAGAGAGCGUGUGUGUG